AUGUCUCUCGCAACUUUGGAUACAUCGCAACACCCCAAUCUCCCCGCUUCAGCGGCCACCCUCUUCUCCGCCAAAGCAGCAAAACAGUUGAGCUUCGAGGCCAUCGCAACGCAUAUCGGCCGCAAUGAAGUGGCUGUUGCCGCCAUCUUCUAUGGUCAAGCCAAAGCAUCGAAGGAGGAUAUCGCGAAAUUGUCUGAAGUGCUUGACAUUCCCGAAGUCUUGCUAGAGGAACAGCUGAGUGGAUUCCCGGACCGCGGUCGAUCAGUUGAAAUGCCACCGAAGGAGCCUCUCAUCUAUAGGCUGUAUGAAAUUGUGCAAAACUAUGGGUAUGCAUACAAGGCAGUGCUGAACGAGAAGUUUGGCGAUGGAAUCAUGAGUGCCAUCUCGUUUUCGACGAAGGUGGAGAAGGAGACCGAUGCUGACGGCAACAAUUGGGCGGUGAUAACUCUACGCGGAAAAUGGUUACCAUUCUCCCGUUUUUGA